UAAGGUAUGAGUAGGUCAGCCAAGCAAAGUCAACAACACCUAGAUGUUAGUGUAGGAUGAGGAACAAGGUUGAGACAAUAACAAGCGGCAAACACAAUCAAGUUUUUCACAAAAGCUUCGGGAUUCUCUUGACUUUCACACGGGAAGAUAAACGCGACAAUAUGUUAUUGUCAUGAUGUUGCUUUGACGAGGAACCUAACAUCACACAGUACUCCCUGCACCUCUCUCCUGAAUAUCUGCUUGUUUAUUAGUUGUUAUGUUGUGUGCGAAGGCUUAUCAACAGGGAACGUGAAACUUACGUCAGUCACGUUACACCGUAACACUGUUACAUGGGUUACGUGGCAGCAGAAUAUUCAGUUGGUUUUGUCUUGAGACAUCGCCGUCAUGAUGUCGACUGUCGUCGUGCUCCUGCUGCUGGUUGUGGACAGUGCAGUCACCUCGAAGAGCAAAAUGGCCUCCACAGAGAUAAGCUGCCAACCCGCCAUCAUCACCUGGGCGGAGUUCACAUGUGACAGCACAUGUAAAGACUGUGUUCACACGUCAAAUGAACAUGAACAUAGCAACAACAGUUGCACAUCCAGACAGUUGACCUCACAGGAAGUGUUUCUCGUCUACCAUCACUGUCCAAGUCCAGGAUGUCGUCUGGAGGCCGCGCCGGGUCUGAUGGGUCCUGCCAAAGCAGAUUACAUGUGCUUGAAAGGUAACGGGAAUGAAGAAACGGGAAACAGAAUGCAAGGUGACAUAGAGAUCGUGGACCCGUGUGAAGAAGGCAACUACACCAUAACCUCCGUCAACUUCCUCUACGGCUACCACCGCGUCGUCAACACAACCAGUGACGUCACAUGCUCGUGCUCACUCACUAAACUCAAUGACUCCAGUCCCCUCAAUAUCAAGGCCGUCAAUGCCUACAGUUUACAGCAUGUGAAUAACAAGCUUCCAGAACUUACUAUAGAGCACGAUAAUAAAAAGGAACGUGUUAAGAGCUCUUUCCUCAGAUUUUAUUAUCACUACACAACGACAAACAUUCACUGA